UGGCGGCGGGGGAGACGGUGAAGGUUGCCGCCCGCCCUUCCGGGCGUUAGCUCGCGCCCUCCGCGUCCCCCGGCGGCCGGCCCAUGGCCUGGCGGAAGCCCGGACCAUGGACCUCCGCACCGCCGUGUACAACGCCGCCCGCGACGGCAAGCUGCAGCUGCUUCAGAAGCUGCUCAGCGGCCGGAGCCGGGAGGAGCUGGACGAGCUGACGGGUGAGGUGGCCGGCGGGGGGACGCCGCUGCUCAUCGCCGCCCGCUACGGCCACCUGGACGUGGUCGAGUACCUGGUGGACCGGUGCGGCGCGAGCGUGGAGGCGGGCGGCUCGGUGCACUUCGACGGCGAGACCAUCGAGGGCGCGCCGCCGCUGUGGGCCGCCUCGGCCGCCGGCCACCUGGACGUGGUGCGCAGCCUGCUGCGGCGCGGGGCGUCGGUGAACCGCACCACGCGCACCAACUCGACGCCGCUGCGCGCCGCCUGCUUCGACGGGCACCUGGAGGUGGUGCGCUACCUGGUGGGCGAGCACCAGGCCGACCUGGAGGUGGCCAACCGGCACGGCCACACGUGCCUCAUGAUCUCCUGUUACAAGGGCCACCGCGAGAUCGCCCGCUACCUGCUGGAGCAGGGCGCCCAGGUGAACCGGCGCAGCGCCAAGGGCAACACGGCGCUGCACGACUGCGCCGAGUCCGGCAGCCUGGAGAUCCUGCAGCUGCUGCUCGGGUGCAACGCGCGCAUGGAGCGCGACGGCUACGGCAUGACCCCGCUGCUGGCGGCCAGCGUCACGGGCCACACCAACAUCGUGGAGUACCUCAUCCAGGAGCAGCCUGCCGGCGCCGAGGGCCCCUCCGCCGGCCCGGGGUGCGUGCGGCCCCAGGGCGCCGGCUGCUGCGGCGGUUCCCCCGCAGAGGAGCCGCCCGGAGAGCCUUACGAGAGCUGCUGCCCCACGAGCCGGGAGGCCGCCGUGGAAGCCCUCGAGCUGCUGGGAGCCACGUACGUGGAUAAGAAGCGGGAUCUGCUCGGGGCCCUGAAGCACUGGAGGCGGGCCAUGGAGCUGCGCCACCAGGGCGGCGCGUACCUGCCCAAACCCGAGCCCCCGCAGCUGGUCCUGGCCUAUGACUAUUCCAGGGAGGUGAACACCACCGAGGAGCUGGAAGCGCUCAUAACCGACCCGGAUGAGAUGCGCAUGCAGGCCCUGUUGAUCCGGGAGCGCAUCCUGGGCCCGUCUCACCCGGACACCUCCUAUUACAUCCGCUACAGGGGCGCGGUGUACGCCGACUCGGGCAAUUUCGAGCGCUGCAUCCGCCUGUGGAAGUACGCCCUGGACAUGCAGCAGAGCAACCUGGAGCCUCUGAGCCCCAUGACGGCCAGCAGCUUCCUGUCCUUUGCCGAACUCUUCUCCUACGUGCUCCAGGACCGCGCGGCCAAGGGCAGCCUGGGCACGCAGAUCGGCUUUGCAGACCUCAUGGGGGUGCUCUGCAAGGGAGUGCGGGAGGUGGAGCGGGCCCUGCAGCUGCCCAAGGAGCCCGGGGACUCGGCCCAGUUCACCAAGGCCCUGGCCAUCAUUCUCCACCUGCUGUACCUGCUGGAGAAAGUGGAGUGCACGCCCGACCAGGAGCACCUGAAGCACCAGACCGUCUACCGGCUGCUGAAGUGCGCCCCCCGCGGCAAGAACGGCUUCACGCCUUUGCACAUGGCCGUGGACAAGGACACCACGAACGUCGGCCGCUACCCGGUGGGCAGGUUCCCCUCCCUCCAGGUGGUCAAGGUGCUGCUUGACUGCGGGGCCGACCCGGACAGCCGGGACUUUGACAACAACACCCCGCUGCACAUAGCCGCCCAGAACAACUGCCCGGGGAUCAUGAACGCCCUGAUCGAAGCGGGGGCCCACAUGGACGCCACCAAUGCCUUCAAGAAGACCGCCUACGAGCUGCUGGAUGAGAAGCUGCUGGCCAAGAGCACCAUUCAGCCCUUCAACUAUGUAACCCUGCAGUGCCUUGCGGCCCGCGCCCUGGACAAAAACAAGAUCCCCUACAAGGGCUUCAUCCCCGAGGAGCUGGAGGCGUUCAUUGAGCUUCACUGAGGGGGCCCUGAGAACGGAGGAACCGGGAAGGGCGGAGCCCACACUGUCUCCCCCCAGACACCCUGAGCCCUUAGGCUCAGGAUCGAGGAUCGUGGAUCGAGGGCUCUACGGCCUCCAGAGCCCCUGUCGCCUCUGCUCUGCCGAGAGGGGAGAGGAAUUGGCAAGUUGUUGGUGCUCGAAGCCCCACUCUUCUCCGGGAGCCCGCGAGCCCGUCUUCAAUGGGGGAGAAGAUGCACGCGCGUCUGCACGUCCCCGCUGCCUGGGUUCCGGAGGAUUUUUUGCCUUCUUGCCUCGGGCCAGAGUGAUCGAAGCUUUUUGCCUUCUUUUCCGAGAACCAGGAAGAAGCUGAGAAUCGGGCCCACGCUUCGUCGUCCCCACGUGGCUGGCAAAGCCCAGCGUCAGGACGUGGAAAGUCGGAGAAGCGAGGCCACCCUCGGCUCUUCGGCGCCUGCCGCUCGCCUCGCUUCCGCGGGUGUGGUGUUGCUGUGUCAGCGAGCGGGCAGGUUACGCGCGGGGCGCGCGCCGCCAGAAGUUGUGCUGCCCUGUUUUUUCUUUUUUUAAAGAAGUUUUGGUCAGAUGUCAUGCGCUGAAGCCACGCGGGGAGAGUUUUCCGUGUCCGAGAUGGCGAGGCUCUCAGGAGUGAGCUCGGUGGCGGGGAAUUUGGUGCGAGUCCACGGGGUCGGUCCCAAAAGCCAGGCGACUCUCCGUUUUCUAGAACCUCCCUCGUUCGCCUUCUACUUGGGCCGCCCGACUUUCCACUCAAAUUAGAAAGAGAAGCAAUUUUCAAACAACGGUCGGGCCAGAAGCCGAAGGAGCUGGCGGAGCCGUCACUCCCCGACCCGGCGAGAACCGCGGGGCGUUCGGGCCUCAGUGGACACUCCCCGGCCCCGCGCGCAUGCGCAGUGUGGCUGUGCGCAGCUCCCCGCGGCUCUAAGCUUUUUUUUUUUUUUUUUUUGAAAGCUGCUUGAAAGCCUGAACGUAGGUGUUCCUGGGCCGGUGCCCCGCGCGCUGACAGCACUGGAGGAGACGGCGGUGUCCACAGGUUCCCAGCCAGGGCGAUACAAAAUCUCGGUGUCCCAUCGAUCCGGGCGCACAGCGCGCGUGCGCGAGCCGCCGCGGUGUCGCCCCGGGCCCGGGAGCAGGGGCGGCCCGGCCGGGGGAGGGGCCCUUCCCCCGACGCCCCUCCCUCCCGCAGCCUCCAGCCUCGUCUCGGAGCAGCUGCACGGAGGCCUCGAGAAGCCCGAGCGGGGCCCCUGGGCCUCGCCCGCGUUUGCAGUGUUAGUUAGGACGUUAUUUAUUGGCAAGGCCGGGUUUCACCCUCCGUCGAGGCGGGAAGCACGGAAUAAAGCAAUGAGGCGUAGAA